UACUCUGUCUAUUUCUCUAUAUAAACACUCAUAUUUAUCAACUCUAGUGGGGGAUUUAGCAGAAGAAAGACAAACUCUGUGGGACUCUCUUGAAAAACAUCGGUCAUGAUGAGAGUUUCUCUGAGGUCUCUUGUAGCUCUCACGCUCUACACUCUCUUCGCUUCCCACAUUUCAGUUUUGGUCUCUGCCACUACAAUAACACUCUACAACAAAUGCUCUCAUCCAGUUUGGCCUGGCAUUCAGCCUAGCGCUGGUAAGCCCUUGUUGGCUCGUGGAGGCUUCAAGCUCCCACCCAACAAGGCUUACACUCUUCAACUUCCAGCCCUUUGGUCUGGUCGUUUCUGGGGCCGCCAUGGCUGUGCUUUUGAUGCAUCUGGAAGAGGAAAGUGUGCUACAGGAGAUUGUGGAGGUGCCCUCUUUUGCAAUGGCAUUGGAGGUACUCCACCAGCCACUCUUGCUGAGAUAACACUUGGAAAUGACCAAGAUUUCUAUGAUGUGAGCCUUGUUGAUGGCUACAAUUUGGCUAUUUCCAUUACCCCAUCUAAAGGCUCAGGGAAAUGUAGUUAUGCUGGCUGUGUGAGUGACCUUAACAUGAUGUGUCCUGUGGGCUUACAAGUUAGAUCUCACGAUAAUAGAAGAGUUGUGGCUUGUAAAAGUGCUUGCUUUGCAUUCAAUUCUCCAAGGUAUUGCUGCACUGGUAGAUUUGGGAAUCCACAAUCUUGCAAGCCAACUGCUUAUUCAAAGAUCUUUAAGACUGCUUGUCCCAAGGCUUACUCCUAUGCUUAUGAUGAUCCCACUAGCAUUGCAACUUGCACUGGUGGAAACUAUUUGGUCACUUUUUGCCCUCAUCACGGUUAGCAAUUAAAAAAAGGAUAAAGUUGUAGUCCCUAAAAUAUGAUACUUUUGAUAGGAGUUUGUUUAUGGAGUCUGUAGUGGCUUUUACUAAUGCACUUAUAUUGAUGACA